AUGGGCUCGCAAAUCCUAGCCUCUCCCCAACCCCACGUUCCCUCCCCGGGAGUGUGGUGCCCGGCCGUCACCUUUUUCGACCACGCCGCCGACAAGCCAGACCAUGCCGCUCAGGCAAAGUACUUUGCCCACCUGGCUGAUUCGGGCCUGAAUGGCCUCAUCGUCAUGGGCUCCAACGCCGAGGCCUUCCUCCUCACCCGCGAGGAGCGGUACGACCUCAUCGCCCUGGCCCGCAAGACCAUCGGCCCCGACUUUCCCCUGAUGGCAGGCGUUGGCGCCCAUUCCACAAAGCAGACCCUUCAGCUGGCUGAGGAUGCUGCCAAGGCCGGGGCCAACUAUCUCCUUGUCCUGCCCCCUGCCUACUUUGGCAAGGCCACCACCAUGUCGGUGGUGAAGCGCUUCUUUGCAGAGGUCGCCCUCAAGUCUCCCCUGCCCGUUAUCAUCUACAACUUCCCCGGCGUGUGCAAUGGCGUCGACAUCGACUCCGAGUCGAUUGUCCAGAUGUUCAACCAGAGCAAGGCGACGCACCCCAGCGGCAAGUCCAACAUUGUCGGCGUCAAGCUCACCUGUGGCUCGGUGGGCAAGAUCACGCGUCUCGCGGCGGUUCUGUCGCCCGAUGAGUUUUCCACCUAUGGCGGCCAGUCCGACUUUUUGAUCGGUGGCCUGGCAGCCGGCAGCGUGGGCACCGUGGCGGCCUUUGCCAACGUGUUCCCUACGCUGACGUCCAAGAUCUACGCCCUGUACAAGGAGGGCAAGUUCGACGAGGCCACGAAGCUGCAGCGCAUCGCUGCCCUGGCCGAGAGCCCCUGCAAGAGCGGUGUGGCAUCAACAAAGUACGCUGUGGCCACCUACUCAGCCCAGCUAGCUGGCAUCGAGGGCGCCGAGGAGAAGCUCGCACCGCGGCAUCCUUACGAGCCCGUGGGCGAUGCCGUCAAGCAGAGCGUCGCGACGCUGAUGAAGGAGGCGGGCGAGGUUGAGAAGGAUCUGCAAAAGACAUGGACGGACCGUGUCAGGGGACGAUUGAACUGA